AUGGCCUCCUCCAUAGACACUCGUUCCCACGGCCGCCCCAUCCGCCCCCUUUCCGGCUUGCGACCUGCUUCCAGGGAAAGCAUGAGCGCCAGUUCGACACGUACCCGAACCAGCAACACCAAUAGCAACAACCAGACACAUGCGCAACCACCCCACGACCGCUCCCGAUCCUCCCGUCCGCCGAGCUCUUCCAAGCAACAUAAAGCCCACUUCUCCCUUGAUCGCGCUGACAUCCUGGCCUUGCCCCCCAUGUCAGAGUAUUUGCAAGAACGGAUCGAACGAACACGAAAGAUGGAGGCCGAACGAGCUUCCGGGAAACAGCCCAUCGAGAGGCCCAAGACUUCUGCCGGCUUUACCAAUCCGAUCGCCUCGCCAACGAAAUCAACAACGCGGCCCUUGCCACCGACCAUUGCUUCGGAAAUCAGUGCCAAGAAAAAGGAACACCAGGCGCCAUGCAUGAAGGAUGCCCAAGAUCUCUUGUCCAAGCUACACAAACAAAAUUUUGACCUCAAACUGGAACUCUUCCAUCGGCGCGAGAAGCAGACGGCUUUGGAGGAGCUAAUAGAGAAGCUGGAGCUGGAGAAAGAGCAGUUGAGGAGUGAACAAAGGGAGACACAGGACAUCAAUGACGUCUUGCUGGAAGAGCUGGAGAAGAAGGACAAGGCCGUUGAGGAAGCUGUGGCUAUGAUCGUUACUCUUGAGUCACGGAUAGAGAAUCUGCUCAAGGAGCGGGAAAUGGUUAGGCAAGUCGAGGCGGAAGGAUUCUACAGCUCGGACCACGACGCCUCGCAUUCUAUCCCUUCAAGGAACGAAACACCGGAUACCCCCAGGGCCGGCGAGCAAAAGGUCCUUCAUCGCAUGCCGAGUUUCCUUACGGAGCCAACGGAGAACACCGAAAACCUUCGAAACGUCUACCUUAGACCGCGAGCUAGCGAACUGGGCUUGGGUCGGUUGUCGGAGGAGGAAUCGCCAGAAACAAAUCGGAGCGAGUUCAUCAAGGUUGGUAGCCCAGCAUUAAGUCUUCUCAGCGAGAGUUCCUUCUUAAGCAUCUACGGCCAGAACAAGGCCAUCCCUUCACCCCGUCCCCAGAGCCCACCGCACGUGGAUGGGGCUGAAGAGCGCCUGACUUCCAUGUCAAACCGAAACUCGCCAAUGCCCGGGGAUACUCCGACAAAGUCCCGCCGUCGUCCACCGUCGCCGAUAGCGACAAGCAGGUCAAGCCCGUUCCGCAAGAGCCAGCUUGGUCUUGGCAUCGACAAGGCAGCCGAUCAAGUGUCAGAUGAACCCAGGACUGCCUCCUUGGUAGACAAGUUUAGUUCAAGGCACAACCUUGAUCAGGAGACCGGGGCAGCAUCGGUCAAGUCACAAACAGACUCUACCUCCCGGAGAACAAACAGGUCCUCUCUACAAAACGUAUAUACGCAUGGGUCUUCGGUAAGAGACUUCCCUCGCGUGCAUAGUGGUCUUCCACCCACCCCCGACACCAUUUCAACUUCGACCCUGCGCGUCUUUCAAAUAUUAGAUGACUCACUGUCAAAGGGACAAAGUUCGGACAACCGGCCGGCCAAUUCCUCUACCUCGGGGGAGACAGCCUCGGUGCACUCGGAAGAUGAUGAGGAUCAGGAUCAUCUUCAAGUGCCGCGACGACGACAGGGCCAGCCGGCAUCCAUCACGGCCUUCAACAGUCUCCGGGAUCUCGAGAGUGAAGGAGCGAUGUUGGACCCUUGUUACAUGACGUCGGAAUCGGAACGCCCGCCUUCUGCUAGUGAUGUUCGGCGAUCGGAAGAGCAUGGAGGCCGCAAGAGCUGGUCGAGUGAGGAGGAUGACGACGACGUGGCGGAUGGGAGGAGACAGUCUUUUGCGUCGAGUAUUGAUCUGUGGCUAAGGGAGAGUCAAAAGCCGAACAAAAUAGUACCGCCAUUGGAUCCUCUGAGCUCGGUGUCUCAGGUCGGCGGUCGCGAACCGGAUCAUGGCCGAGUGUCGCCGGACUUGUUCUCAUUCCCUACUGGAUCACACGGUUGGAUGUCAGAUGCGAUUUACGGAAAGCUCGACGGAACAGGGUACAACUGUGCGGGCGGCGUACGAGUAGCUAGUGGGAGCUCGAAUGCCGACUCGGCAUUUGGCGGCCGGAGCUACAUGGGCGACUCACUUCCUACACCAAUCUUUGGCUCAGGCUUUGCGAAGCUGCAUGAGGUCAGGAAUAUGGCGCCGCCGCCGCCGGAACGCGGGUCAAGCCUCAGGGCAACAACCGGAAUGGGCCACCGUAUCCCGGGCUUGGAUGGGUCAUUGUCAGGCUCAGCUAGCAGUUUACCGGCCUCGCCCACUGUUCGGCAAUUCCAGACUCCGUUGAAGGAUCCCCGAGGAAGGAAGAGCAACGUGGACUCCCCACGAACGACCAUGACGACAAUCCGUAGCCACAGCAUUGGUCAACGAAGCGACGCCCGCCCAUCGUCAGACCUGUCCUUUGGUGUUGACAACCGAGCAGCCACUGUCCCGCCCAAGACUCUCUUCAACCCCCCACCAAAAGAAGAAAAGGAAAAGUCCUCCAAACGGCGCUACCCGCCUACAGCCUCACAACCUGCUCGCUCAAAGUUCAACAGUCUAUUUAGGAGAUCGACCGGCUCGGUUGAACCUUUCUCUUCCCAAGCCCACAGUUCCAUCCCCAUCCCCUCUCCCGCUUCUGCGUCCUUCUCUCUUUCUGCCAGGGAUCCUCCGUCUGAUUUCGGACCCCCUUCAUGGGGUAGACGUAACUCCGAAAGGCUGCCCUCCGAAAUGGCCGCCGACGAUGACCAUUCGGGCGCUACGCCUCCCCCCAUAGGACGGAUUAGACCGACGAGGAGGACUGAAGCAGCUGCUGAUAGAGUUGAUAGAGCUGAUGAGGAAGCGGGAGGAGUCUCGCUUUGUCCUUCUUCGUUUGGGGAUUGUAGGGAUGAGAGGAAUUCGACGGAGUCCCCUCAGAGGCCGGUUACCAGUGGUGGUGCUAGUCUCGGUGAGGAAGGUGGUGGUGUUCUGCCGAACUUCCAGAAUCCCUUUUCGAAGUCGGUUGGGUCUGGUGACGGGCCGCCGCAGAGUCAGGGUGGACGGAGGGAGAGUGCGGGUGGUGGGAAGAGGAGGUGGUUUGCGAAUCUCGGUAGGGUCGGGAGUUUGAGGAAGGGUGGGAAUUGA